AUGUUAUUAUUAUAUUUGAUACUCAAAUCUAUUAGUGCCUCUUUACUUUAAGAUUUAAACACAAUUUAUGAAAAUCUUAGAUACCAAUCAUAAUAUUUAAUUACUCAAACACCAAAAAAUAUGAUAGAUUCAACAUUUGGAUUUAAGCCUGAGUUAUUGGAUUUAUAAACUCAAUACAUUGAUGAAGAUGAAAAUGAUUUUGGAGAUGAAGUUAGUAAUGAAGAUUUUUAAAAAAACCUAAUUAGAAAAGCAGAUAAUGUAUUAAACCUAUUUUAAAGAAAGAGAAUUUUGGAUUAAGAUCAAUCAGAUUAAUAAACUAAUUAAACCACAAUCAUUGUUGAUGAAUAUUAUAAGUAAGGUCCUUUACAUCCAAUUUAUUGUGGUUUAGGAUAAUCAAUUUUGUUGAAUGUUACCCAAUUUUAUUGUUCUAAAAAGAGAGCAACUAAAAAUUAAUAUGAUUUAGAGGCAAACUCAAGUUAGUGUGAAAAAAGAUAUAGAUUAUCUUAUGGAUGUUUAUGUCCUCCUGACUUUUAUGAUUUGUAAUGUCUUAAAUGGAAUCAAAUAAUUUGUGAAAUGAAUUAACCAACUUAAGAUUGUUAAACUCCUGUUGAUGAAAACUAUUAUAAUUAAAAUAUUGAUGGUAAUCCACCUUGUUUUGAACUAUAAAAUGAAUAAUCAGUUGAAGUAAGUAUUUGAUAUAUUUUAUAAGAAUAUUAGAGUAGUUUGUAGAAAUUUCGAUUAAUCGAUACUACAUCCUUCUGUAUAAUCUUAUGAAGAAAGUUUUGAAGUAAUUUGGAGUAAUUAUUCAAGAGGAAUUAGUGCAUUAUCAUAAUAAAUGUAUAAACAUUCUCUACCUAAUCCUUAAAAUCCUAAUGAUCCUUAAUUUUAUAUUUAGUUUGCCCUUUCUGAAGAGGAAGAGAGAUAAAUUUAUAAAUAUGAUCAUUAGCCAUUAUUUCUUGAUACCGUAAAUUUGAAAAGUUCUCUUUAGUUUACUCUUAAGCCUUAUAUCACUUAUAUUAAUUGGACCAAUUUAGCAGCUUCAAAAUCAACUCUUAUUGAAUAAAAUCUCACUCAUAAUCAGGUUCUAGGAAAUUAAUAUAUAAGUGUUAAAUUAAAUAAUUAAAACAUGGAAUCUCUAUUUGGUAGAUAUUCAUUAGAAAUUGGACUUAUUAUUAAUAUAACACAUUAUUUUUCAAUAUACAAAUAUGCUAAUUAAGCUAAAAAUCAAGAUCAUUUGAUUUAUAAACCAUAAUUUGAGCCAACAAUAUUAUUUUUUGAAGAUUUCUCUUAUAAUGGUAUUUUUACAAUAUAUUUUAAGAACCUAAGUUAGAUACUUCAUUAAACAAAAGUUUUUCGAUUGAAAUAGUUGCAAUUAUAUUAUUUAUUUUGGUUAGUUUUUGUAUAUUUCUAAAAUAUCGAUUUUUUUUGCAUUUAUUUCGAAAAAGCAAAGUUAAUUAGGAAUAGAAUUAAACAAAUCAAAGUCCGAGAAGCAAUAAAAAGUAAUGA